UCACGUCGGCUCAGAACGCGCGUUCACGGAGUGGGAAUGUGCGCGUGGGCCUGCAGAGGGAGCUGCACGCGCUCCACUGAAGCGGCGCUGUAAGGAAUAGGACAGUCCGGGGUCUCGCGCACUCGUACAAGGCCUACUUCCGUCAGCGCGCCGCUUUCGGAUUUUCCUUCUACACAAAAUAUCGUCCCUGGUUCUAUUCAAGCGAGCCGAGAAGCCGCGUAUCGACAUUUCUUAAUACGGUAGGAGCUUCGUGCAACCGAUCAGCCUCAACCGAUUAGUCUGUAAACGCCUGAAAAUGCAACAAGCAACACGUCGUUUAACGGCUUCAGUCAGUUCAAGGUGGGUUGACCUGUCAUGAAUGAGCCGAUCGAAGGCGGCGCAAUCUCGUUUGACGAGUAUGUGCGCCAGAAGGCUCGCACCGUACCCCAGCACCGGAUGAAAGAGUUCCUAGAGUCGCUGGCCACCAAAGGCCCUGAGAUCCUACAGGAGUUCAGCCAGCAGACCAGUGGCACCACUACUACCAUGGUGUACCAACAGGGGGCCAACUGCAUCUACACCGACAGCACAGAGGUGGCAGGGUCACUGCUCGAGCUGGCAUGCCCAGUGCAGGUGACAUCUACACAGAUCUCACCACAGCUGGCUGCAGCUGUCCAGCAGGCGUCUGAGCAGCAGAUUCAAGUCCAGGUGCAGAUCCAAGGGGAUCAGGGUCAGACAGUUGGUCAGGUGCUGCAGGUGGCUUCUCCUACCCAACAGCAGCUAUCAGGGGUCACUACAACACAACUGGUGCAGCAGGGUGAGCUAACUGAGGAACAACAGCAACAGAUCCAGGCACAGUUAGUGGCAGCUGUGGCUGGAGGUCAGCAAAUCCAGAUCCAGACAGUUGAGGCUCUGUCUCCAGUUCAGACCCAGCAGCAGGGUUCAGAACGUGAUGCAGAGCGUCGUGUCGAAUCAGGUGUCCUGCAGCCAGCUAAGAAGCGCAAGGUAGAUGUGCCUGCCGUAGUGUCUUACCAGCUAGCACAGGGCCAGCAGUUGGCCACCGUUCUGGCAAUUCCCCAGGGCCAGCAACAGAGCUAUGUGUCACUGAGGCCAGAGCUCCUGACUGUAGACAGCGCUCACCUGUACAGUACCGCCACAGCCGGCACCAUUACGGGCGCGUCAGGAGAGACCUGGACAAUCCCGGUGUAUCAGCAGCAACAGGGUGUAGCACAUAUCGCCAUCCCACAGGAGGCCUACAGCACGGUGCAGUUGCAGGACAAGGAUAAAGACAAGAUGGCAACCCAGGUUGCAGGUGCGGUGGCGGUGCCUGUGUCAGGGUCACAGGAGGAGGUGGUUCACUCUCUCUUCCCGGCACAGUUCAUGAACGGAAACAUCCACAUUCCAGUGGCGGUCCAGGCUGUCGGAGGAGGCUACACAAGCACCACACAAGCGCUGCACAUCUGGGACCCGCAGCAACAGCAGCAUGUCCAGGAGGCUGAAUCUCAGGAGCAACAGCUCCAUCUGCAGACUGAGACUGAGCCACAAGCUGAAGCUCCUCCUGAGCUGCUUCUUCCUACAGUGCUAAAGCCAGAGGAAGGCCUGGAGACCUGGAGGCUGUGGGUGCAGCGCAAAAACGCAGAGCUCGAUAAGAACGAACAGAACAAGCUGGCGCCAAUUGGCCGCCGCCAGCCUUUGCGUUUCAGAGAGGAUCUAGUCUCCAGUUCUGUGGGCGAGCUUAAUGUGGCUCUGUCUCUCAUGACCCAGGAGGCCCGUGGUUUAGAAGGGGAGACUUUUGAACCUGACGCGCUAUAUUACAUCUUUUUAUGUAUACAGAAAUACAUGUUCGAGAACGGAAGGGUGGACGACAUCUUUUCAGACCAAUAUUACUCCCGCUUCUCCCAGUGCCUACACAAAAUCCUGGAGGAAUGGAGGCCCAGUGUCCAUCCGCUUGGUUAUAUUAUCCCCAGUCAUGUGACUGAGGAGAUGUUGUGGGAGUGUAAACAGCUGGGAGCUCAUUCACCAUCUACUUUACUCACUACACUAAUGUACUUCAACACCAAGUAUUUCCACCUGACCACAGUGGAGCAGCAUAUGAAAGUUGCCUUCUCCAAAGUGCUCCGGCACACCAAGAAGAACCCGACCAACCCAAAAGACAAGAGCACCAGCAUCCGCUACCUGAAAGGAGUCGGCUCUCACCACGUCGGCCAGAAAGUGACAGACGAUAUGUACGCAGAGCAAGCUGAAGAUCCUGAGAAUCCACUUCGCUGCCCCAUCAAGCUCUAUGACUUUUACCUCUUCAAAUGCCCCCAGACUGCCAAAGGCCGGAAUGACACGUAUUACCUGACGCCAGAGCCUGUCGUAGCCCCAAACAGCCCUAUAUGGUACUCGACCCAGCCAAUCACUAGCGAGCAGCUGGAGCAGAUGCUAACGCGCAUCAUGGUGGUGCGGGAAAUACAAGAAAUAAUCUCCAUCACACAAGCCAACAUUCAGUGAGGGAAGAUGAGGGAGAAGGAGAGAGAGAUGGUGAAAGAAAGGUUUCCACCUCCGAGCUCCUCCGUCCUCACAGCCUCACUGCGACUCGGUCGCACACAAACUCAAAAGGAGGGAACGUAGCCAUCGCUGUGUCUCUUCGUGCUCUGUAUUUACGACCUGAAGCACGCACCAGUGGUGGCACACGGACAGAGGAGGCAACAAUGCCUACGUUUACUUUUACUACAUAAAUUUUUUUUGAGUAGGAUUAAAAAAAAAAGAAAUAAACAAAUCAGUGUCUGUUUAAUAAUUAACAAAAAGCAACAGAUGUUCGGAAAGCACCCGUUGCUUUGAGCUCACUGAUUGAUUCCAGCGUAUAAAGUGGUUCCGAAUUCAAGACUUAUAGCAUGAUCAUUGUUUUGUCUCACAAUUUGCUCCUAAAACUGCACUACAUUGCAUCAUGGUCUUGAUGCUUUCUGAAUUUGCGGUGAGAAUUCUACCCAAUCGUACGUACAGUGUGUAUAUAUAAUUAUUAAAUAAAAAAAUAAUAAUAAAAAUCCUCCAUCUCCACAAACCAGGAAUUUCAGGAGGUGCCUCCUCUGACCAGCUGCCACUGGAGGACCGAACUGAACCGAACUCGCAAGCCUUUAUUUUUUUUUGUUUUUGUUUUUUAUUUUAAUAAAGAUCUUACUUAAUCUGUUCAUGUGAUGCCUGUUGGCGCUACACACCUUUAACAUGCAGUUUCUCUUUGCUAGCUGUCACUCUGUCAUAUAUAUAUAUAUGUACCCCCUUUGUUUCACGCUCAUAAUCUAUCAUUUAUUACCCCAACCCCAAUUCUCAUUCUUUUGCCACUGUAACUAGGAGAGGUGAGGAGUGUGUGAUGUAGACUGGAGGCGUCUCUGCAUGGGGUUAAAACAUGGGGCCUUUCGGGAAACCCUUUACACACCCGUGAUUUUGCAGGAGCGCAGUCAAGACAAUUAAGGAUUGUGCUCUAUACAGACUUUUUUUUUCCCUCCAUGUUUUUUUUUUUAUUUUAUUUUUAUAUAUAUAUGCAUCUAUGGUAAUCUGAUAUGUAUUGAUAUUAUAGUGGUGCUGGAGACUGAAGAAUUGAAGCCUGUGUUUUCAAACAUGCCUUUUGUACAGUGA